AGAGGUCGAGGAUUUUUGAAAUUAGAAUAUUAAAUUAACAGUAGUUAACAUGACCAAUUUUUUGGACAUUACAUUUUUAUUACUUUUAAUGUUAUAUACAAUUUUAGCAAAUCCUAUUGUCAUAAAAGGAUCAUCGCCCUCUGGAGAUGCAAUAGUCGCUAUUUCGUCUAAUGACCCGGAAGUUGAAAAGUAUCUCAGAUUUGGAUUCUCAUCUAACCUCGGCUCCAAUCAAGAUACUAUUGUAACGUCAAGUGUUGAAGAUAUUGCACAAAAAAGUGCUAGUGUUGGAUCUUUAGGCCAGCAAGCAGCUGCUAGCACGGGCCGCAGCUUUGUAUCUACAUCAGCAUUCAAUCCUUUCUUGUUACCUUUAUUCUACAUGCCGUUGAACUUUGAGGGUAUUGGACUCAGUGACUUUGGAUCCUUAAAUCAUGACAGGUUAAAAGCUGUUGAGAGUUUUUAUGAGCCUAAUUUUGGUGGCAACAGUGAAAUCAAGGCUGUAGCAGCCAUAAGCGAUAAUGGCCGAGUGUAUGGUAAUAUAAAAACUCUUACUUUCGAUAACAAAGGUAUUAAAUAGAUUCAUAAGGUUUAGGUUAAGGUUGUUUUAUAUUAUAGACAUUAGA